CUAGCAGGAUGACGGGUGCCCUGAAGAAGCACCUUGAGCUGCUGAGCGUUUUUCAGUGGGUUAUGACCUUCCUCUUCUUCGGUGCCUUCUUCACGUCCCUGCUGUUCUACCUGCUCUUCACCCGCCUCUGGGCCGUCUCUGUGCUGUACUUCGUGUGGUGGGUGCUCGACCGCGACACCCCAGAGAGAGGCGGACGGCGCUCAGACUGGAUGCGACGCUGGCGAGUCUGGCAGCAUUUGACUGAUUAUUACCCUGUCAAG